GCUAGCGGGUCUCCACCUCCACCCAGUCGUGGUUUGGCCACAGGAUGCGGCGGUUCCCUGCGGGAGGCAGACACGUUUGUGGCCGCGUUGAUGGAAGCCGCUUUGCGUGUACGUGACAGUUCCUGACUUCCCCGCGGGAGCAGAGCGGACUCAGGAUGCUGCUGCUGCCCUUCUUCCCCCUGAGGAAACUCCGGCGGAAUGGAGGAUACCUUCUGUUCGGGGCCGUGCUGCUAGUCGCGGCUUUCGCUGCCUAUCUGGAGUUUGUUGCCAAGAGCACAUGGAGCAGCGUCCAUGAUGGCCUCCAGAAGGACCAGACAGCCUACGUAAAACCAGCUGUUCUCAGAGACGGAUCUGAAGUUUAUGAAGAGGACAAGAGCUGGAUGUCCAAAUACACUCCUCAGCUCUGGAGGUCUGAGUAUAAAGGAGAGGCUAAUCUUCAUGUAUUUGAAGACUGGUGUGGCAGCACCAUCGCAAAACUCAGAAAAAACCUGCAUUAUCCCCUUUACCCUCACUCACGUAUCACAGUGAAGAAACUGGCUGUGUCUCCCAGUUGGACUAACUAUGGCCUCAGGAUGUUUGGCUACAUCCACCCAUAUACUGAUGGUGAGUUUCUUUUUGCAGUGGCUUCUGAUGAUAACUGUGAGUUCUGGCUUAGUCAUGAUGAAAACCCGGACAACCUGAAACUCUCUGCCUACGUUGGCAAGACUGGUAAAGAAUGGACUGCGCCAGGGGAAUAUGGGAAAUAUCCUAGCCAGAUAUCUCAGCCAGUCCUACUGCAGCAGCAGAAGAGAUAUUACUUUGAGCUGAUCCACAAACAGAAUGAUCAUGGAACAGACCAUGUUGAGGUUGCGUGGCGGCUCAAUCGGGCCAGGACAAAGUUUGUAAUUAUCGACUCUCGGUCCAUCUCUCUUUAUACCAAUGAGUCUUCCCUAAAGAUGAAUUAUGUGAGUCACAUUCCUCAGACUGCUGCCAGCCAUGUAGUUCUGUCCCGGGACGCUGCACUAUCCACUCCCCAUGAGGCAGACAUGCUGAAAGAGGAUCCUCGUGACACCUUUUAUCAGAUUCCAUUGCUGGACCGGUCACAUUUAUGGGGUGUUUUGCCAGAAUGUGCCUAUAAACCCAGUUACAUCAUCAGAGGCUUCCCUUUGCUCCGCUAUCAGGGUCUGCAGUUUGUGCGCCUAUUGUACGUUUACCCUAAUGACUACACUCGCCUUACUCACAUGGAGAAUGAUAACAAGUGUUUCUAUCAGGAGAGAGCCUACUACUUAAAGAGAUAUGGCUUCUCCAUGUAUAUGAAACUGGACCAACCAGGGAACAAGAAUGUGGACUUUAGAUACAGAGGUGAUGAUAGGGUUAGAUUGAGGCAGAGGCAGGAUUGGUACAAUUAUGGAGGGAUGGAGCAAGAAGGAGAGGAGGAGGACAUGAAGGAUGAGGAGAAAGCUGAAGGUGGGAUUGUGGAUGAUUUUGAUGACUACUCACUGCAGAAACAAAGGAAACUCUUUUCUACGUCCUUGGCUGAAGAGAGCAGGAACACUGGGUGGAGAGAUGACGGACAGAUAAACGGAGUGGGGAGACCACAGCAGGAGAAUUCGCCAGUAAAUACAAUUGGUGAAAUAAGAGCACCAAACUGGCCUUCAGAACAGCAUCUGGGGAGAGCAGUGGAGAAUCAGCAACAAAGACCAGAAGCACUCCAAAUCCAAACCGAAACAGCAGGACAGGUCAGUAGGUCAGGCGUGAAACGUAAAGUUGAGCAUGAUCUGUCUCUUAAAAGGAAACAAGGACGUGACUUCCAGCCUCAAGGACGCUUAAGUAGUGAUGACGGCCAAAGAGAGCCACAGGCUGCUGUAGAAAAACCUGAAGACUUUACUGCCAAACCGGUUGAGGCGAAAGAUAAAACUGUUGAUGCAGCAGUGCUGGGCCACUAUGAUGCUGAGCGAUUCAAAAGGGAUGCUGCUAACAGGAAGGCUGCUGAUUCUGUCAUCUCUGACAUCAAGGAGAGAGGUCAGCAUCUAGCCAGAUUAAAUAACAAGCAUAUUCUGCCUGCUAAUAAUGAACGCAAGGCGGCAGAGCAUGUGUCAGAUGCCAAACUGAACAUUUUGGAUGAAGGCAAGAUAAAGGAAACCAUCCCAGAGGAAAUUAGAGUUAUUCGGGCAGGAAGCGAAACUGAUGCAAGCUUACUGGAUGGUACUAAGCACAGGUCAGCAGGUCAAGAGAAGGACCAAGCUGCUGAGCAUAGGGUCCUGAAUCACAAAGUAGCAAAUUCAGACAGAGAAAAUGCAGCAAUGUUGCAUGUAGAUGAGGGUAAUGCUUCUCUGUCUCUCAGGUCAAAUUCAAAUGGAUCUCUGUCUCAUAAAAUAAAAGAUGGUUCCAUCAGGCUGUUAAAUGGGCCUAAACCUCAAGAACAUCAUUAUGCCAUUACUCAAGAUGCAAACAGGCUUGAUACUAAACAGAUGACAAAGGGGUUAGAUUUACCCCAGUCCAUUACUGGGCAUGUGGAGAUGGAUGUUGUUGAUUCUCCCACCAAGGAAAAUAACCACUCCUGGAGGAGAGAGAAAGAGGCAGUGGGAGAGGAGGCUAGAAUUGUACCCAAAAGAAAGCAGAAACUGAGCAAGUAUGACGAAGAAGACGACACAGUAGACAAUUGGGCACUCUAUGGAGACUCUGAGUCAGAGAACGACCUCCUCAACCGGGUUGGGUUUGACCGUGAGGUGAACUGGGCUCAGACGUUCCAGGUCAAGCCGCUGGACUUCCAGACUCUACGAUCUGAUUGGAUAGAUCUAACCUGCAACGUGUCUGGGAAUCUGCUGAUCAGGCAGUCAGAGGCUGAGGCUGUAGUGCAGACUUUCAUGGAGAAACUCAACAAGAAAUACCCAAGUCGGUUCUCUCUCCAGCAUAUAGUGAAUGUAGAGAAGCGGCCUGAUGCAGCUCGGGGCAGUCGGUAUCUGCUGGAGUUGGAUCUGCUGGAGUGGUCUAGGCGCAGAAUACGCCUAGCUCACUACAUCUAUGUUCUGUACCGCCCUGACCACAGCCGAGGCAGUGGCGUCAACAAGCAGAGUGACCACCCACAUCUUCUGCUCUGCAACCCACACAACUUCCAGUGGAACCCCAGAGCUACUGUCCACUUCAUUGUGCCAGUGAAGAACCAGGCUCGCUGGGUGCAGCAGUUCAUUGUGGACAUGGAGGAGCUCAACAGAGCCACUGGAGACAGCAAUUUCAACAUCAUCAUCACUGAUUAUGACAGCACAGAUAUGGAUAUAGAGAAAGCCCUGAAAAACUCUCAUCUACCAAGUUACCAGUACCUCAGACUAAAUGGAAACUUUCAGAGGUCAGCAGGGCUACAGGCUGGAAUAGACCUCAUUACAGAUGAGCACAGCAUUGUGUUUCUGUGUGAUCUGCACAUCCAUUUCCCGCUGGGUUUUAUUGACUCGGUGAGGAGACACUGUGUUGAAGGACGGAUGGCCUUUGCUCCCAUAGUGAUGAGGCUUAACUGUGGUGCUACACCUCAGGAACCUGAUGGGUACUGGGAAGUAAACGGCUUUGGUUUGCUGGGUAUUUAUAAAUCUGACCUGGACUCUAUUGGUGGCAUGAACACCAAAGACUUCACUGUCCGCUGGGGAGGAGAGGACUGGGAACUACUGGACAGGAUCCUGCAGGCAGGAUUGGAAGUGGAGCGGCUAUACUUGAGGAAUUUCUUCCAUUACUACCACACUCGGCGUGGCAUGUGGAACCGCCGGAUAGUCCCUGAUACGUAACUAUGGCAACCCCACAUCUUCAGCACAACAGUCACUGUGGCACUUUAUUCAGCCUAUGCUCUGUUUGCCCAUUCUGGCAGACGGCUCCUGUGAGGGUGGGCCUCGGGGCAUUCCAGAGGUCUGGCUGGCUGAUGCUGUCUGUCAGUCAGGCAGUGUUUGUGAUGAUAGGCUUUGGUUGUGGUAGUGGAAACCAAAAGAAGAAACAUGAAGGAGCUAAACUCUUUGGAUGCUCCUGAUACUACUGAAG